GACACCUUUUGCCCCUCUCCAUGCCUAGACCAGGCCUCAUCUUUGCCGCUCUUCUUCUUCUUCUUCUUCUUCUGGCCUUAAUUCAUGAAACCUGCAGUGCCAAAGAUAAACAUUACUGUCCACCUUCUUCUUGUGGAAAUAUUUUGAAUAUUAGCUACCCUUUCAGAUUAAACACAGAUCCGCCUAAUUACUGUGGAAUGACUGCAGAUCCAGUAUAUACUCUAUUCUGUGAGAACAACCUUACAGUAUUGCACUCUGAUCAAUCAGGAAAAUUCUACGUGAAAGCAAUCAAUUAUGACAAUCAAACAAUUCGAGUAGCUGAUGCUAGUUUUGAGGAAGGGAGCUGCUCCAUACCUCAAUAUUCUUGGAACGCCUCCAACUUCUCAACGUUUUCACAAGAUUAUUAUUAUUUUUAUGAUUCUCAUUCUUAUUAUUAUCGUAAUUAUUUGUCUAAUGCACAUUAUGUUCCUUUUUGGGAGAGAAUUCUUUUCAUAAGUUGCGGUAAUCUUGUAAGUGAUCCUCUUUAUGUGGAAGCUCCUGCCUGCAUUAAUGACAGCUCUUUCUCCACACCUUAUAGGCCUAAAUCCGAAGGCCAAAGGUAUUAUUAUGUGAAAGUUGGAAGGACAACUCCACUUGAGUUAAAACCCUCAUGCCGUAUUGAGCUAAUGGCACUUACACCUAUCAUACGGAAGAAGAAUUACGAGAACCUCUCCUACCUGGACAUCCACCAUUGGUUAGCAUAUGGAAUUGAGUUGUCGUGGAGGCAUGCUUCAUGUGGAAACAGCAGCGAUUUGCAUUUUUACUACUACAUCAAUGAGGAAAACCAUUGUGCUAAUUUUUCUCAUCGUAUAUAUCAUGAGAACCGAGUUAACCGAGUUUACAAAGUUUUGGAAAGAGCUCUAAAUUGGCUCAAUUAUUAUUUACCUCGUGAGUACCUUUAAUCCUCAUCUUGUUCAAAUAUAUUAUAUAUAUGAAGAAUAAAAUUUUAAGUAGUAUAAAGAAGGUAUAGAGUCAACUCUAUCCAUUUUGUUUCUCUCUCUUUUCUUCCUUUAAUUCUCUAAAAAUGAGUUUGACUUCAUAGUAAUUUUAUAAAUAUUUUGAUCUUUA